GCGCAUGCGCGGGGCUUUCCCCCCCCACACACCCCCAGCCCCUCCGCCCCCCUUUCACGGCCGGGGCGAGAUCGAUCGAUCGGAGGUUGGGGUGAUGGCGGCGGGGCUGAGGUUCGACGGGCGAGUGGUGCUGGUGACCGGCGCCGGCGGAGGUCUGGGCAGAGCAUAUGCUCUGGCUUUUGCAGAGAGAGGAGCUUCAGUAGUUGUGAAUGAUCUUGGAGGUGAUUUCAAGGGAUACGGCAAGAGCUCCUCAGCGGCUGACAAAGUUGUCAACGAAAUCAGAGCAAAAGGAGGGAAAGCAGUACCCAAUUAUGAUUCAGUGGAAGAUGGUGAAAAGCUUGUGAAGACAGCACUUGAGGCUUUUGGGAGGAUAGAUAUUGUUAUAAACAAUGCUGGGAUCCUAAGAGACCGUUCCUUUGUUCGGAUAAGUGAUGAAGAUUGGGAUAUAAUUCAUAGAAUUCAUUUGAGGGGAUCGUUCCUGGUCACCCGAGCUGCAUGGAAUCAUAUGAAAAAUCAGAAAUUUGGCAGAAUAAUUAUGACUUCCUCUGCUGCUGGGAUAUAUGGAAAUUUUGGUCAGGCAAACUACAGUGCUGCAAAACUUGGCCUUUUGGGUCUUGCAAACACAAUUGCAAUUGAAGGUCGGAAGUAUAAUAUCCACUGCAACACAAUUGCUCCUACUGCUGGAUCCAGACUGACCCAGACUGUCAUGCCACAAGAUCUGGUUGAUGCUUUCAAGCCAGAAUAUGUUGCUCCCUUAGUUGUUUGGCUUUGCCACGAGAGCUGUGCAGAGAAUGGCGGUCUGUUUGAGGUCGGGGCUGGAUGGAUUGGAAAAUUGCGCUGGGAGCGUUCCUUGGGUGCUAUUGUCAGAGGAAAGAAUCAGCCAAUGACGCCUGAAGCAGUGAGAGAUCAGUGGGAGAAGGUCUGUGACUUUGAUAAUGCCAGCAAACCAAGAAGUAUCCAAGAGUCCAUAAGUGUAUUGAAUGAUGCUCUAAGUCAGAUAGAGUCUCAAGAGAAUGUUUCUAUGAAUUCCACAAGCUCUGGAUCAAUGGCUUCUUCAUCUGUUGACACGGCGAGCUUUGUUGGGCGGCAGUUGGCUACCAAUGUGUAUAAAUAUACUCACUUAGAACCUAUUCUAUAUGCCCUUGGUGUGGGAAUGUCAACUAAGGAUCCAGAUCACCUAAAAUUUCUCUUUGAAGGAAGUGAAGACUUCUGCUGUUUACCUAGCUUUGGAGUAAUUCCUGCUCAGACUGCAAUGUUUGAUGGUGUUCCGUCUAUAUCGGGACUAAAUAUUGAUCUUGCAAGGAUGCUUCAUGGUGAGCAGUAUCUGGAACUGUAUAAACCACUGCCAACUUCAGGACAAUUAACUUCAGUUUCAACUGUUGCUGAUAUUCUUGACAAAGGAUCGGGAGCAGUCGUUCUUAUAGAUGUGAAUACCUAUUGUGGAGAGGACCUAGUGUGUUUCAAUCAGUUCUCUUUGUUUUUUGUUGGAGCUGGAGGAUUUGGUGGAAAACGAACAUCGGAAAAGGCCAAGGUAACAGUGAACCCACCCCAGAGGCCUCCUGACGCUGUGAUUUCUGAUGUCACAACAGUUGAUCAGGCUGCCUUAUAUCGACUCAGUGGGGAUUGGAAUCCUUUACAUGUUGAUCCAAGUUUUGCUGCUCUUGGAGGAUUUAAGAAGCCUAUACUUCAUGGACUGUGCUCCUUUGGGUUUGCUGCUAGAAGUGUUUUGAAGCAAUUUGCAAAUAAUGAUGUGAACAGAUUCAAGGCGAUCAAGGUUCGCUUUGCUAAACCAGUCUAUCCGGGACAAACAUUACAAACAGAAAUGUGGAAAGAAGGAAAUAGAAUCCAUUUUCAGACCAAGGUCAAAGAGACUGGAGAAGUUGCUAUUGCAGGGGCCUAUGUGGAUAUAGUACCAGCCUUGGAUAAACGUUCUGCUCGGGAGCCUCUGAAGACUGCAGGUCUGCAAAGUGACCUUGUGUUUGAAGAAAUUGCUCGCCGUGUAAAAGAAAUUGGAAAUGAAUUGGUAAAGAAAGUAAAUGCUGUAUUCCAAUGGGACAUCACUAAAGAUGGAAAAACAGCAAUGCAGUGGACAAUUGACUUAAAGAAUGGCUCUGGAGCUGUGUAUCAAGGACCUGCAAGAAGUUCUGCUGAUACCACCUUCACUCUUUCGGAUGAGGAUUUCAUGGAUGUGGUACAAAGGAAGACCAAUCCUCAAAAGGCAUUCUUUGAGGGUAAACUAAAAGUGAAGGGGAACAUCAUGCUGAGCCAAAAAUUGGAAAUGAUACUGAAAGAUUAUGCCAAACUCUGAACUGCCUGAUCUUCUACCACAGCAGUGAAGAAAUUCAGAAGAUAGAAGCUUCAAUUAGCUCUGAACCAAUGAUUGCAAUAUUUGCAGGCUACUUAACAUCAAUGUACUGAUUCAUUAUACCGCAAAUAAACAAGCUGGUUUAAUUGCUAUAGAUGCAAAUAAUGAAAUGAAUACAAUUGUAAUAUUGUCCCUUUUUUGUUUCUCAGCAAUUGGUAGAGAAUCAUACUUUUCUCAUUGCGUACCUUUAUCUGAAUAAAAUGUAUGUAGUUCUUUCAAAGAUGCUUAUAUUUCUGUAUUAAUUCUGAAGAAAAUUAAACCAAUACACCUCUUUGCUAUUUC